AUGUGUGCCGAUAAACUAAUUGGAUUUGGAAUGCUUGGUGUUGCUGCUUUUGUAUUCACAUACUACACUACUUGGGUAUUUGUAUUGCCAUUUAUCAAUGAAGACAAUAUAUUGAAUCAAUUCUUUUUGCCAAGAGAUUACGCCAUCAAAUUGCCAAUAUUGUUAUUAUUCGUUGCUGCUUUGGGUGUUGGUACCUUUGUUGGAAAAGUUUUGAUUAAGAAUCAACAGAAACAGAAAAGUAAGAAGAAAGCACAAUAA